ACAUGUCUACACUUAUACUUAUUUGGGCUUGCAACAGCAAUGAACGUUUCAUUCCUCAUUUAAAUUACUGACAUUUAGUUAACUGCAUAAAUGCAUAUGUGUUGCAGCUGAGCCAAUAAAAAAGACAACGUAGUAGUUCCAAAAAUAAAGUGGCUGUAUACAUUUGAUAAAGCGCAUAAACAGAUCGCUGCAAUUGCAGCUGUGAGCAGUUGGCAUGUCCUACUUUAUGCACAGCGCUAGCAGCGAUUUAGUUAAUCUCAAUGUGGGUGGCAAACGAUUCUGUACGUCACGACAGACGCUUACGUGGGUGCCAGAUACAUUUUUUACUGCGCUGCUAAGUGGUCGCAUAUCAAGUCUGCGGGAUGAACACAAUGCAAUAUUUAUUGAUCGAGAUCCUACAAUAUUUUCCAUCAUAUUAAACUAUUUGCGGACCAAAGACAUUGACAUCAAGAACUGUGAGAUACGCGCGCUGCGUCACGAAGCCGAGUACUAUGGGAUAACACCGCUGGUCAAACGUCUGGCACUAUGCGAGGAUCUCAAUCAUUCUUCCUGUGGCGAUGUAAUCUUUUAUGGCUUCCUGGCACCACCAGCCAUGCCACCAAAUGAUGCGCUACAGAGUUCCGUGGAGGCAACAGCUCCAACAGAGGCAAAUCCUUGCCAGCCCUCUAGUUCCAGCAACGGAGCAGCAGUUGGUUCAGCUCGUCCUGGUUCUAUGGUGCGUGUGCCAGAGUCAUCGACCUCCUCCUCGCGUCAUUCCUCCACACAUUCGCGCAACUCCUCUUGGGACCUGCGUUGCGGACGUGCCGCCAACAAUUCUUCAAGCUCCAAUGUGGCGGCUGUGGCGCCACCAGCAGCAUGGAGCGCAACGGCUGGACAUUCACGCAACGCUUCCCUAGACUUUAUGCGACACUCACGCAAUUCCUCGGCUGAUUUAAACAAAGUGAUACGCAAUGAGGUAGGAAUGGUAUUCAGUCCUACACAGAGCUCCAAUUGGACGCCGCCACUGCGCGUGCAAAUCAUCAAAGCGCAUCAAAACUGGAUUGCCGUUGCAUAUGCUCACUUUGUUACCUGUUAUCGUGUGAAAGACGCUAAUGGUUGGCAGCAAGUGUUCACCUCCCCGCACAUUGAUGCGGCCAUUGAACGUAUCGCCAUAAACUCCAAGGUCAAUACAUCUACGGCAGAGCCAAUGCCCAGCAAAAUGAUUGCCAUCUCAUAUGGCAGCCAGAUAAGAUUGUGGAGCAUUCAAGAGGGCGGCAACAAGUCAGACAUAGGCACCUUUAAUCUGCAUGUGCGCGUCGAAUAUUUAUUCUUUAUCGGAAGCCAGUUGGUCGCGCUGUCCUCCUCGGGCAAAAUUGGCGUCUGGCACGCCAUGACACAGCACUGGCAAAUACAGGAUCUGGUGCCGGUGCUGUCCUUUGACUCAGCUGGCUCAUUUUUACUACUGGGUUGCAAUAAUGGAUCGAUAUAUUAUAUAGAUAUGCAAAAGUUUCCGCUGCGCAUGAAAGACAAUGAUUUGCUUGUUACGGAGCUAUACAAGGAUGUCAACAUGGAUCCCAUCACGGCGAUAUCCGUUUAUCUAACGCCAAAGACUUCAAGUAUUAGUGGCAACUGGAUAGAGAUUGCUUAUGGCACCAAAUCCGGAGCGGUGCGUAUUAUAGUGCAGCAUCCCGAGACUGCUGGCCAUGGACCGCAUCUCUUUGAGACAUUCUUUGUGCAUCAGAGUCCCAUAACAAAGGUUAUGCUUUCAGAGAAGUAUCUUGUGUCGGUUUGUAGUGAAUAUCAUCAUGUGCGCACAUGGAGCCUCACACGCUUUCGCGGAAUGCUCUCCACGCAGCCUGGCUCCACGCCCGAGGCUUCUUUUAAGAUUGUAUCACUGGAAGCCACAGAGAGCAAUUACAGCUACUCCGCUGGCAAUGACUCUGGCCCUUAUGGCGACUAUGAUGACAUGAUAUUUGUGCAGAAAGUGGUGCCGGAAACGAAUCAACUGUACGUGCGCCUAGCCUCCAACGGUGAUCGUGUCUGUGUUAUACGCUCUGUGGAUGGUUCGACAAUCUCUGCAUUUUGUGUGCAUGAAUGCGAGGGCGUAUCCUCGCGCAUGGGCUCACGCUUCAUUUUAACUGGACACUGUACUGGCGCCAUACAGAUGUGGGAUCUGACUACAGCUCUGGCGCUGCUUAGCAAGGAUGAGCCUCAGCAGAAAACAUCUGGCGGACCCGACACAAACGAGCUUCUCCGCCUACUUGACCAGUGUGAAAUCAGCAAUUCAUCAUGCUCAACUCCUUGUAUGUCACCGUGUCUAUCAGCUGUGGCUGGCGGCCUGGCCAAUUCAGUAGCUCGCAUGAAGGCCUGCAACAUAGCGCUGCUCAAUCGCAACAAUGAGCAACAGCAGCCAGCGGCACCAGCACCUUCAGCUUUUCCCAUGCCAGCGCCUUUGCAGCAACAGCUGCCGGCACAGCCAGCAGCGCCAUUGGCAGCGGUAUUGGGACAGCAGCAGCAGCAGCAACCGGCAGCAGGUGCUGUGCCUGUGCCGCCACCAGCUGAUGUUAACAAUGAAUGAAACGUGGAAGCGGCUGUUUCGGCGCUUGUCGGGCGCGUUUCAUUGUCGUCUAAAUUUCAUCGGUGUGGCAUGAUUUUGGAUUUUCAAUACAUAUUCCUACAAUUUGUGCUUUUUGCGACUAUCUUGUGGUUGAUGCGAUAAACGGCACCGCACCACACCCUGGCACAGAUGCUGGCACUAACUGACUGCAUCCGGCAUUUAGCAAAAUCUAAUCUAAUAAUCUCCCAUAUAGUACAUAUACAUACAAAUAUUACCUAUACACACACUCACAGAUAUUUACACACUUACACUUUUAUUGUGCUCGAUGUGAUUGCAAUUGCAAUUUAAGCUCAUAAAUUAUACUUGUUGCACUAUGAAAUAAAGCUAUAAUAAUAAAUAUAAACAAACGAAAAUACAUACACGUAUACAUUUCAUAUAGUCAUCAAUAAUUUAUUCAACGUUUAACUAACUUAUUUGUUUGUUUGGAGACGCGCGAAUACUUGCAGUUUUUUCGUACGGCUUGUGACCUUUCGGUUAUAUGUUUAAGAUUAUAUGCUUAAAUGCCAGUUGACAUUAAUAAUAAAAAGUUAAAAAAAGCAGCAAAAAAUG